UUCUGGCGGCGUGUGGCAACUCGUCCCAGCUGACAGUAAUAACAGACAUUCACGCCGCGACUUAUGAGGAGGAUGGAGUUCGGUGCAUUGGUCUCCCUUGUUCUUUCAGCUUGUUUUAUAGGACAAGCUUAUGGGGACGAUGAUCUUGGAAGAGGUCUUGGGGAGAAAUUUGACUGGCACACCUUGGAGGAAGGCCUAGAAAUAUCAGAAACGACAGGCAAACCAUUAAUGCUCAUAAUACACAAGUCAUGGUGUGGAGCAUGUAAAAGUUUCAAACCAAAGUUUGCUGCCUCAUCUGAAAUUCUGGCAAUGAGUGAAAACUUUGUUAUGGUGAAUACGUUGGACGAUGAAGAGCCAAAGGGAGAUAAGUAUUCACCUGACGGAGGCUACAUUCCACGCAUCCUCUUCUUAGAUUCAGAAGGCAACGUUCAUCCAGAACUAUAUAAUGUAAAUGGAAAUUCCAAGUACAAAUAUUUCUACUUUGAUGAUAAGUCUGUAGUAGCAACAAUGAAGGAAGCAAUCAAGACAUUGUCUCCAGCAUCAAGAGGAGAAGAGCUGUAGUGUGGCAUAGCAUGAAUUUGUAUGCAAAGCCUUGUAUUUUAUUCAUGACUGCUAUUCUUAGAGAGUGCAAAUUAGUCAAAGAUGGCCAACUUUACUAUUUUUCAUUAUUUUAUAUUACUAUAGUUUUAUUUAUCUUGAUAGAUGUCCCUAUUUUGUAAUAGAUAACAGACUUUGUCAUGUCUUAUAUUUUAGUGGAAUUGUAAUAGAUAAGAGACUUUGUCAUGUCUUAUAUUUUAGUGGAAUUAUGAUAGAUAAGAGACUUUGUCAUGUCUUAUAUUUUAGUGGAAUUGUAAUAGAUAAGACUUUGUCAUGUCUUAUAUUUUAGUGGAAUUGUAAUUGAUAACAGACCUUGCCAUGUUUUAUAUUUUAGUGGAAUACCAAAGAGAAGUGUCUCUAGCUUUUUCAGGCUUUUAAAACCAAUUAAUAGUUCUUGUAGUGAACUUUUUGUUCCUUUCAUUUUAUCAUAUUUUAUGUCUUGUACCAUGAUUAUUUCAUUUUGUGUGAAGUAGACAACAUAUGUCUGAUGUAAGAAAUUCUUGAUGGAUUUUAUAGUAACAGGAUACUACUGGUCCGCAGAAGUGAUGGGAAAGAGGAUCUGUUACAGCAAUAAUUAACUUUUUUUAAUUGCUUGUAUUUUGGCACUUGCUUAUCUUGUAAUAUGUAAUUACUGAUACCAAAUAAAUUUUAACUAGAUUA